AUGGACUUCUGCAUCAACCUUAAGGUGAAUUUCAGAGGAAAUUCUAAAAAUUUCCUCCUAUCGGGAUCCGAGACCAAGAGCUGGGACUCGAUGGAGGCCAUGGUAAAGCGAUCCUUUGGCUUAUGCAGCCUUCAGCUGACCUAUUUUGAUGAAGAGAAUGAGGAGGUUUCCAUCAACAGCCAAGGAGAGUACGAAGAGGCACUCAAGAGUGCAGCAAGGCAAGGCAAUCGACUGCACAUGAAUGUGUAUGAGACCCGUGGCCAACCAGCGAGGAUCUCCACUGGUAAGGGAGGAGGUGCAGAGCCAAAGCGGGGUUUCAGACCCCCUCAGCACUGUCCUGCUCUUGCCCAGGCUGUCAGUCGAAAGGUUCAGGCACUGGUUCCAGAACAAGGCAUGGUGAUCAUGAAAGAAGUGAAAGGGACCAAAGAAGAAGACAAGACUCCUCCAGCUUGGUUCACCUCAUACAUGGAGAAAUUCAAAGACCAGGUGGUCCGCGAGGCAGUGGAGAAAAUUUGCAGGGAGUUCUCUGGACAGUGUUGCAUUCACAAGCCCUUGAGUGGAAUAGGGGGAGGUAGAGGAGAUGCAAUAGCUGGGGCAGCAGUGGUACCCGAGGUUUCUUCCUUUACCCUGCCAGGAGCGCCGUCUUCUUCCACUCUUCCCUGCUCUUCCUGCAGGGGACAGACAACAGGUGGAGGCUACCAAUGCAGUGUGUGUACAUCUUGUACUCUAUGCGAGCCCUGCAGUUUUUCUCAUGAUCCGAGUCACAAUUUGGUGAGGGCUCGAACUCCACUCUCUAUACCAGAACAUGGAUCGCCCGCCCCAGACCACAGCAGGUUCUAUAGACGAGGUGACCGUAGCUUCCGAAAGGCAGAGAAGCAGCGACUUAAAGCAGAAAAGCGACUGUUGAAAGCCGAAGUAAAAGAGAUCCGUAAACAGUUAAGGAUGGAGAGGCGUGGCAUACAGUGGAGCUCUUCCCAGAGAGAUGGAAGUUCUUCGCCUGUGCUCCUUCAGCCUCGAGCCACCCAGCACAACAGUCCUGAGCGACCGAAGCGUCCCUGUCCCCUGGUGGUUCCAACCAUGACAGCGACAUUUCUGGAUGAGAACCUUCCAGAUGGGACCCGUCUGCGUCCUGGGACCAAGUUCAUCAAAUACUGGAAGAUGAGGAACACAGGAACAAUGAGUUGGAGCUCUGAUACAAAGCUGAAGUUUAUGUGGGGAAACCUGGCAGUUGGAUCAGGGGAUCGUUGGAGAGAAGUUUCUGUUCCUUUCCUCCAGCCUGGACAAGUUGGUAUUGUGAGUGUAGCAUUAAGUGCUCCCUCUGUGGAGGGUUCUUACACCUCCCACUGGCGCCUUGCCCAUUCUGGAGAGCAAUUUGGACCCAGAGUUUGGUGCAGCAUUGUGGUUGACCCUCAGGCCCCUGCCCCGAUGAUGGCCGAUGGGAUACUUGUGUCACCGUGUGUCACACCCCAGGGUAAAAAUCCAGUGCCUAAGGAUGGAAAAGUAUCCACAGCCUCGCGAAAACAGCCUUCACUUUCAGUAGACAGUGGAGAAGAAUACUACAUCCCCUCCGUGGACCUUCUCACUGCACAGGAUCUUCUAUCUUUUGAGUUGCUGGACAUCAACAUUGUCCAAGAGUUGGAAAGUGUUCCGAAUAACACCCCAGCUGACAUGACUCCCUGCAUCUCUCCUCUUCCUCAAGAUGGCCACAUGCAGGACAAAGGCAGCCCUUCUUUGGGGCUGAUACAAGAGGAGUCUGAAGUCAUCAAUAGCAUAAUGGAUGUAUCUCAUGAGGUGGGAUCUCUUGCUGAAGAAAAUGCAAUACCAGCACAAGAGGAAGGGGAGGGGGACAUCAGUGGCACACAGUUUGUUUGUGAGACUGUGAUUUGCUCAAUGACCUUGGAGGAGGCCCGUGACCACACCCCUGUGAGAGGGUCCUGCUCUGGAGCAGUGGUACGACCACCUGUUCCGCCUGGUACCUGUGUAAAAAAUGAAGAGCUGAAAACUGAGGAAAUUUUGGACAGUACUAAGAACCACUUGAAACCUCCAGCUUUACUGAAGUCCUCCUUACCAUCCCCUCUGAAAGCCUCCCUACCUGCUCCUUUGUCCGUGGUGCCAACCCAGGCGGCUGGUCCCUGUUCAGUACCAAUAACUGUUAACAUUCCACUGAUGUCCUCCACACUGCAGGAGUCCAACACCACAGGAGAUGGUGAGGUUGCAUCCACUGAGGGUGCCGGUGUGCAGUCCAAAACAAAGGAAAGCGAGAAAGAAUCAGAGGUGAAAGAGGGAUUAAAGAAGAAAGGCAAGACGAGAAGUCGCUCAUCCUCCACCUCCUCGGAGGAAUACAUCAUCAUCCUUCCUGACUGUUUUGACACUAGCCGGCCAUUGGGGGAGUCUAUGUACAGCUCUGCUCUGUCUCAACCUGGGGACAUCUCAGCUAGCAGCACUGCAGAUCCUGAAAUCCUGAGCUGUGAGAACCCUGGCGGUACAUUCCAGGAAGAGGGCAAGGCACAUGACAUCCCAGCCACUGUAGGCGCAGACACGUUAGGCAACAGCAGUGCCAACGACAUGCUCUGCACGUCUCAGACAUUAGAUGACGAGCCAUUGACCCCUGAAGUGGUGGCACCACCUACAACUGUCCUUACACCAAGUCCGGAGGGUAUUAGAGAAGCGGCAGGAGACAAUGGUGCAGUUGACGAGGAAACUGAAGACGCCAAACUGUAUCAAACGGUGGAUGGUGCUGAAGGAAAAGAAUCAGAAGCCAUUGUGAAUACUGAGGGAGACCCUGAAGAUCCCAGGCAUACAGGUGUCACCAGUGACUUGGUUAAAGGAGCUCUGUCAGUAGCUGCUUCUGCAUACAAAGCUUUGUUUACUGGACAAGGCCCAACACAGCCUCCAGCAGAUGAAUCCACACAAGAGACCAUGAUUGCCGUACUUGUAGAGAUGGGUUUCGGGGACAGACCACUCAACCAGCGAUUGCUUAAGAAACAUAACUACAACCUGCUAGAUGUCGUCAAUGAACUUGUUCAGCUGACCGACAAUGACUGGUACUCUACACGGUACUGA